UUGUCCAAAUGUCUCGUAUUCCCCGGAAGCGGACGAGUGGGGAAAUGCUACUCUACGUCGCUGACUGAUGACGUCAACACGUGUACAAUAAACUACGCGCCGUUCGAAUGGUCGCGUUCAGAAAGGCUAAAGAUUUAUUGAAAGACUUCACCCCAAAACAGCCCGGAGAGCCCCUUCAUCAGAGAUGACUUACAGGAGGGACAGGAGUGUACGAGAGGUGUAUGAAGAGCGUUUUAUGUCCGACAGGCCGGGGAGAGGUCAAUAUUCUCGAGGAGGCGAGCGGCGAGGCCAAUUUGGCAGGCCUGAUGGUUAUGAAUAUGAAGGAGGCCCUCGCUUUUUCCCAAAUGGAGGAGGCCCACGUAAUUACCACGGAGAAGAUCAACGGGGCUACCACGGGGAUGUCGGUCAUUUCCCCUCAGAACGCAGAGGCGGUCCUCCAUCAAGAAGGGAGGAUUAUUCUUACCGAGGACCAAGGGAGGAGCAACACACAGGACGGCCUAUGGACUACAACAGUCGUGCACCACCACCACCUCGGAACCAAGGCAUGUACCCAGCGCCUCGAUCGCUGCCAGAAAGUGGGGCAGAUACGCUCGUGCAAGCCAUCCUUAACCUGGACCGAGGAGAUGAAAGACAGGACUACCGGAGGAAGGCCCCUCCGUUCCCGCCCCCUAAGGACCGCUCCCCCCACAGCCGCUCGGGUUCCAGCGUGAGCAGCAGGAGCUACUCGCCGGAUCGCAGCAAAAGCCUUCCGUUUCCCUCGCAGCAAGGCAAGGAAAAGAUCCCGGGUCUGUCAAGAGAAGGUUCCCCGAGCAGUGCCACCUCAAACAAGGAGGAGACCAAUGCGGGCGAAGCCGAAAAAGAGGAGCCGCCGCCGGCCGCCGUCGCCGAGGAGAGUCACAGGACCACCGCGGACGACUUCAAGGAGAAGCGAUCGCUGGCAAUUGCAGCUAAAGCCCGAGAGAUUGAAAAGGUGUACCGCCAGGACUGUGAAACCUUCGGUACGGUGGUGAAGAUGCUGGUUGCUAAAGAUCCCGAUCUGGAGAAGCGGCUCCAAGUGCCACUCAGGGAGAACCUCGGGGAGAUCCGCGAACGUUGUCUGGAGGACCUCAAACACUUCAUCAACGAACUGGAUGACGCAAUCCGGCAGCCGGAAGUCCCCACUUGUGACUCGACCACCCCUUCCGCAAGCUUGAGUAGCCAAAAACUUUCAAAGUCUGGGAGCAAUCACAGCUCGACUUUCUGACCAAUGACUCUGACGUAACGUUGCAGGACUCAACGUCUGACCACGGCGGAUAACUUGGAUUGUGACUCACUGGACACAUGUUGGAUUUCUGGAUUUCACACAAUUUUCCAGCACGGGGGUGGAGGUUCAUCAGUGUUAGUUUGGGAAAGAAAAAAAAUCAUUUCUACCUUUCUAGUGUUCUCUGUUCAAAGUUUGUUUAAAAUCUACUGGUGCUGAGUCACCAAGGAUACGGUUGUUGCAUCGCUGACCUUUUCGGUGAGCAGAAUGAAAACGUUUUCCAAAUAAAAAUACGUUGUUGUUUUUUGG